AUAGAAUUGAAUUCGUUUUAAACUAAAAAUGGGAAAAAAUAAAAGAGGACCUAAAAGAACUACUGCGACUUCAACUCAGAACAACACAUCCUCAUCAACGUCUAAAACAGACGCAAAUUCACAGUCAUCAGUUCCUGUCGACAAUUCUAACGCAGCAUCUUCGAGUUCUAACUGUACAAAUACUGUACCAGAUUCAGUGAAGCUCCAGCAAGGUAGUUCAAAGCAAUCUAGAAGCAGUGUUGAGGCAAGGAUAGCCCCUUUUCUCAAAAAUCUAGACCAUAAUGCGAAGUUGUACGCCGAUUACACCAGCCUGUCAGGGGUUGUCCUGGAGAAAGGUCAAAGUGGAAAUAUCAAUACAAGGUCUCCGGUUCCCAUUGUAGGAAGAAAUGCAGCUGCUGAAAUGGUUGCCAAAAUGGAGAAGACAAAGCCCCCACCGCCUAAUCAAUCGCAGCCCACGUCGAAGACAAAGGAGAAUGCUACGAAGAAUACGGACGAAGGACUGUUAAACACGCUGGGGCCUGAUUCUACAAGCGAACAAAAACUAGCCACGUUGAUUCAGAGCGCAAACAUGGCUCUGAACAAAACAAAAGGGUUCGAUCUGAAAAAAUAUGAGCAAAAAGUUUCUGAUGCUGAAUCGGAAACGAAAAAGAAGUUGCGACAGCUAACCGAGUCAGCUGCGGCUUCAGCUUCGGCUGGCGUGACCUCUUCCAAGGCAGUUUCCCAUUGCGAGGGAGGACAUGAAAUAGUGUGUAGGCAGUGCACUGAAAUUCAGCCGCCAUCUUUGAUGCAAUUGAUAAAGUAUCAGUCAUCCUCGUUCGAAAUGUUCAGCAUGUUCAAUUCAAAAGAAGAACUGAAAGCUUUACCAUCUUCAAAUAAUAACGCAAACGAAAAUGCAGAUAGGCAGGCUUCACCUUCAAAUGCUUCGACAUCAAAAGAAGGAUCCCAGGCAUCGGGAGCGGCCGAGAACUUUCUGAAUUUGAAUCCAGACAACAGCAAGUACAGCACUGAAUUGAUGUUGGACUCUGUGCUUGAGUAUCUACAGUUGGAGCGGCUAAAUGUGGCCAGACAGUUUGUCAUGUGUGGAAAACAGCGGAAACGACUGCAUCUUACCACUUACAAGAUCAGAAAACGAAAGGCAAUAAAAAAUCCAGACCCAGAACCCGAAGGGCCUGAAAAUUUUUCGGUGUCUGUCAAUGACGAUGACGAUGAUUCGGCUCUAGAAAACUUCGACAUACAUGCAGACCUUCUAAAAAUGACUUUGCAAGAAGAUGCUAAGAAGCCAGAAGUAGAUAAUGAUCGUCUGAAGGCGCUGAACCAGAAAGCGAUAAAAAUGAUGUGCAGAAAACUAUACAGAAGUGAAACUUGCAUCUGUAAAGAAGCCUUUUUCUCCAAACUAGGAAGCGAAGUGACCCCUUGUCAUCCUAACAGAGUAAAGCCAUGUGUUUGCAAACUCAUCACAUCACCUAAGUGCUCUCACUGCUGUUCACAUGAACACGCUCACGAUGAUCACGCUGACAGCAGUGAACAGUCUUCUGACAAACGUGAACAAUUAUUGUCGGAGUCUUCUCUGCAGUAUUUGUGGUACAAAAUGAAGACUGCUUGUAAAACAUUUCAGAGGAAGUCGGUUGGUGAGAUUUUGGAAGACAGAGAGUUUCAGUUGAUUUGCAAGAAGUGGGCGCGAGAUAUGUGUAUGGAGGAGUACAAGAAUGAAGAAAAGAGGAUUCGGCGAGAGAAGCGUGAGCGGGCGAAGCAAUGGGCCGUGAAGAAAGCAGACAUUGAGGCCAAGAUAGACAAGUGUCUGCACGUUAUGGAGUGGGCAAGGCAGAAUGAGGAAUUUAUGCUUGAUCAUGCAACUGACGACGAACGGGAGUUCCUCGCGAGUGUGUUGAUUCGCGGAAACGGUCUGAUCAAAUCAGCCAAGGAACUGUCAAACGACAAACAGUCUAUAGAACUAAUAGCGAGUCCAUCUAUGAAACCUCCUGUGGAGUCUUCCGAAAUUGACAAGGAAAGAGUCCAAAUGAAUACUCAGAGAAAGUUUCAACUUGAACUGCCAAAACUUGUGGAAUUGUUUGAAAUGAAACAUAUUUUGUCCUAUUUUAGUUUAUGGUGAUUGUAUAUAGACAGUUACACGAAUUUCUGAUCAUCAAAAAAGUAA